AUGGUCGGUCUCGCGGUCGAAAGGACAUGGUGGAAAGAAAGCGUGGUCUAUCAGAUCUAUCCAGCAUCUUUCAAAGACAGCAACGGCGAUGGGCUGGGUGACCUUCCUGGAAUCAUCUCCAAGAUUCCGUACAUCAAAUCUUUGGGAGUCGAUGCAGUGUGGAUGUCACCGAUCUAUAAAUCACCACAAAGGGACAUGGGGUACGACAUAUCUGACUAUCGUGACAUUCACGAAGCGUAUGGAACUCUGGAUGAUGUCCAAAAGCUCAUCGAUGAGCUUCGAAACAACCAGAUCAAACUACUCAUGGAUCUGGUAGUAAACCACACCAGUGACGAACAUGUCUGGUUCAAAGAAUCACGCAGCUCGAAAAACAAUCCAAAGCGUGAUUGGUAUUUCUGGAGAGAUGCCAAGUACGAUGAACAAGGCAACCGCAAGGAGCCCAACAAUUGGAGGAGCAUCUUUGGAGGUAGCGCCUGGCAUUUCGACGAAACGACGCAGCAAUACUACCUUGCUUUGUUUCUUCCGUCACAACCAGAUCUCAAUUGGGAGAAUCAGGAAAUGCGACAAGCAACAUAUGAUGAUAUCAAGUUCUGGCUUGAUCGUGGUGUACGUGGAUUUCGUAUCGACAGCAUGAACCUCAUGUCAAAGCACCCUGACCUGCCGGAUGGCAAGAUUACCGAUACCGACUCCGAGUAUCAGGAUGGCUCCGAGUUUUUCGCUUCUGGACCAAGGAUGCACGACUACAUUCGAGAGUUACGACAGGUGUUGGAUCAGUACGACGACAUCAUGACUGUUGGCGAGCUAGGAUUCACCAAAGACGAGCAGUCUGUCUCCGAGUAUGUUGCCAAAGAUAGGCAUGAGCUUGACAUGGUCUUUACUGGAGAUAUUGUUGACAUAGACUUUGGACCGAACGGAAAGUACUCCCGCAACGACUUUCACCCCUCAAGACUCCGGCACAUCACAAAUAUGUGGCAAAACGCCAUGCCAAAGAUCAAUGGUUGGAAUAGCGUGUAUCUGGACAACCAUGAUAGUGGUAGGAGUCUUUCAAGAUACGGCUCAGACAAGCCAGAGCAUCGUGCAGCUGCAGCAAAGUUGUUUGCCAUCUACCUCACCACUCUCGCGGGGACUCCUUACCUUUUGGCCGGGCAAGAGUUUGGCAUGGCAAACCUUGGGAAAGACUAUCCUGCCGAAGAAUACAUCGAUGUGGAAGCGAAGAAUGCAUACAAUGCAAUCCUGCAGCAGCGCGGUGGGGACGUGUCCAGUAUGGACGAUGUCCUGAGGGAGAUGUCGCUCAAAGCUCGGGAUCAUGGUCGAUUACCUGUACAGUGGSAUUCCUCUGCGAAUGCUGGUUUCUCGGCAAUAUUACCUCCCGGUAAACCGUGGAUGACGGUGAAUAAAGACUACGUAGAGUGGAAUGCCGAGAGCCAGAUCGAUGAUCCUGAGAGUGUAUUGUCGUUCUACAAGAAGAUGAUCGCUUUAAGAAAGGAGCAUAAGGACCUGCUCGUUUAUGGGAGCUAUCGUGCUAUACCUAAGGAGAUUACUGGAGAGAUGGUGAUGGGAUGGGAAAGGCAAGAUGAGGCCGGGAAGCGGGCGAUCGUGCUGCUCAACUUUUCUGAUCGUGAGCAGGCGGUAUCGUUGGAGAAGUACGCUCGAUGUGCAGCCCUCGCCACUAAUGGCAAAUCUGAACUCAGGGAUGAUGGUGUGGUAUUGGGGCCAUACGGAGCUGUAGUCUUGGUCUUGUAA